AUGGCUCAUCGUUCUUCUCGGAUGCGAACGGCUAAUCCUUCUCCACAGAAAAACUCGAAGGCAUGUGCACAGGUGGUAGCGCUAAUUGUUGUCGCUAUGCUUUUCAACUCGUGGAUCCUAUACGUGGCUUCGAUCCAAGAGGGAAUAUGUGACAUUGACCCGAAGUUCGAUAGGAUAUAUCACAUUAUGACUGUCUUAGAGAUAACGUACGACAGAGAAAGAUACAAAGAUAAUCUAACCAUAACAUCUGACAAUUUAGUCUGA